GGGAUAAGUACUUAUAUGCAUCCAAAGAAAUUGAUUAAGCCGACGCCGACGCCGACGCGAAAUGCUGGAGUUCGAAUUAAACCAUUCCCACUACAUCUUUAUCGCCAUUAUUUUCUCUCCUUGAACUCCGCACAUUUCCAAAGUUCUUUCUACACUCAACUGGACUUGGACCACGAUCCGAAACUGUAUCUUCAGCUUCGAGCUUUAGACUCACCAGAACCACCCGAUUGACGAUAUGAUACUCGGCUUAGGGAAGUCGCUGUUGACCGUCGACGCCGUCGGCCUCCUAUUCGGCGCCGUCAUGGCCGACAUGAGUGGCAGCCAUAUGUACAACCCCCGCUGGCCCCCACACGCCAAAUUUCACAACGCUCAAACCAUCUCCCUCUCCGUCCUCCUCGGCGUAUCCACCCUUGUCUAUACGUGGCGCCGCCCCUCCUCUCCGCAGCUCAAACGCGAGUUCAUGGCCGUCACCGCGUUUACGGGGUCCAUCUAUUGGCUUGCCGGGCUGGCGGCUAUUCUCUUUCCCGGAACUAUGGGACUUGAUCCCGAGUUCGGUGGCCCCGGGUUCCCACAGGCGCCAAUUUUUGCCGGAUUUGCGGUUUGUGGGAUGCUGGGGAGUUGGGUGGGUUGGGUUUCGGCUUGACAGUCGAAUCAAUGUAUGGGAGGGGACUAGGAGAUGAUGGGGGGGGUGUUGUUGGAUGGAUAUGCUGUGGUGCAUGGCGCUUGAUUAAGGUGUGCUAUUAUUGCCUCAUCUUAUAAAAGCAUAGGUGUUUCAAAUUGGGAAGUGAUAUUGUAAAUCGAAUAUUUCCGGGUGCUUGUUACAGGCGAGACGCAUAUAUGUAUUGGUUUCAACUGUGUUAAAUAGUCUAAAGUACGCCAUCCGGAUUUACUAAGGGUUUCACCCGUACUAUAGUAUUGAAGCCGCUGAUGCAUCAGAGGCCAUGACGUUCCU